CUCUCAGAUGGAGUCAGUGAGUGAGGAGGUCCAUGGAGGAGCAGAUGAGGAUGAGCAAGCUGAAUCAGAGGAAGCCAUGCUGUGGUCCAUCCGGGAGGCUUUGGAGAGACAGACCCUGCAAAUUGGAGUGUCAGCUUGCGGGGCCACAGCUGUGGUGGAUGUGCUGAAGGCCCUUGGUGUGGAUGUGGCUCCAGAAGAGGCUGAUCGCUGCGUCCAAACCCACCUGAGGAGGAAUGAGUCCCCACUGCCUGACUACCUGCUGUCCCGGAGUGAAGCUGGUGCGACUCACGCUCAGCUCAUUACAGGAGCAGAAGAGGCCAGUAAAGGGAAGGUGAUAGGUCGUUUCUUCCACCUCCACCCUCACCGGCGAGUCAAACUGGUCCCCUGGCUCGCACGCUGGAUCCGGAAAGGCGCCGUUCCCGUGGCGACUAUGAACAUGCAGCUGGUUGUACCCGAAGGAGAGGAGGUGCCUGACGCCUGGCACCAUCAGCUCAUAUUUGGAGUUGCACCUACUGCUGUUUUCAUGACUAAUCCUUUAGAUUUAGUAAGCGAGGUAGAAGUUCACCAGCGACUUUGCAGUGAAUCUGUGCUGCUGAUUCGCCGAGAAGACGUGCUGCAGCGACUUACGCCAGACUGCUGCCUGUCCAGCCUCUCAGAUUGCCAGUCUGACCCACGAUGGAAAGCCCUGGAUGUGGAAGGUCAAGUGAGACAGAUGAUCCUGGAAGAGGAGCAGGGACAAAUGAAGUUAACCCACAUCACAAUCCCUGCAGCGUACAGCUCAGGUAUCACGCUCUUUGCCCGACUACAGUCAGAGUUAGGACAAGAACUCCUCAACGCUCCUGAACUUCCUGUGUUGUGACUGGACUUCCGCACAUGACCUCAAAACAAGCGUGAAGACAUGUGUUGUGCUGUAAGAGUGUGUUGCUCAUCUGCUGUGUAGCUGAGUCUGAAAAAUCACACAAUGUCUAAGCAUAUUUAUCUAAACCACACUGUAAAAUUUUAAUAGACACCAGUCAUGAUUUUGUGCGUGACAUUUUUGCUGAAUGAACUUUGUCAGUUUUUUGUACCAAUAAUGACAUCAGAUCAGAUUUCAUGACAUAAAUUAGGUUCCUAUAAUCAAUUCUUAGUGUGUGUUUUAAGUAUGUUUUAAACACCAGUGCAAUCUGACUGAAGACUUCCUGCCUGGACCAUUACUGAGCACAACUAUCUGAGUCUCAAAGCCUCCUCCUCUGCGCCCUCUAGACUGUUAACUAGAACUAAAAAAAGCAGAUCCCAUUAAUCCGUGUUUGGCCGCUUGACACCAUCUUCCAGUUAAUUUCAGGAUUGACUUUAAGAAUUUAUUGAUUUCUUUCAAAGCAAUAAAUGGCACAGCUCCAGCUUAUAUUUCAGAGCUUUUAUGUCCUCGUACACAGGAGUUUAUAUCAGUAGGCUAACCUCCUCGGAUUAUUCCAAUGGCCACAUUAAAGGGGGAUCGAGUCUCUACAGCCAGAGUGCUUAAGUGUUGGCAACAUUGGUCUUUUUCAAUAUUUGCAUUAAACUUGCAUCAAUUUAUGUGAUGAUGUCUUGUCUAUUAAACAAGGCAGACA